UAUUAUCGUACAUUUUUUCUUGACGAAACAGUAACAACCUGAUACUAACAAGUAACAACAUAGGUCCCGAGGUUCAUAGGGAUCAACCCUAAUUCCCUGGAUUUUAUCACAUACUUUUCUUCAAUGUGAACUACUAAAGCUUACUACAAAAAACAAAGACCAAAUCAGCUUCAAAAACAAAGAAGUUUAGGAUGGAAAUUCUCUUACAUUUUCCCACGAUGAAAACAAUGCACAUAAAUCUAAGUUGAUGGUAUAGAUGUCAUUUUUAGUAAGUGUUUUGCCCCUAAGCACAAGGAUAAACAAUUAAGACAAAAUAUAAUUAAUUGUGUUGAUAUUUCAAUGUAGGAUUUUGUUUCUUAGUUUGUUUAUGUGUCUCAAUUUGACUCCAUCCUUGUUCUUAUCUGCCCUAUUUACAUUUCCUUGUUUCACACCUAAUUGUUGCUUGUUAGGUUUGGUCUUUGUUAGCCAAACUCCACCAAACUCAUUUCUUUGACAGGAAAAAAAAUAUAUAAAUGUUUCAAAUUUUCAUCCUAAUUAAAAAUUAUGAUUAUUUCCCACAUCUUUGGAACAAGUUAUGGUGGGACAAUAAGUAGGGGUGUUCAAAUGGUUACCAUGUUAUAACCAAACCAAAUAAGGCUAAAUUCCAUUAACCAUGGAAUACAAUAUCAUAACCAAACCGUCCAAACUAAUACAACAACCAAACUAAAGUUUAAUCGGUUUGGUUAAUUGGUUAACCAGAUUAACCAAUAUAAAAUCAUAUUAUUAUUGAUGAUGAAAAUUUUUUGAUUAAUGCAACAAUUCGCAAUUAAUAUAAUGAAUAAAACAUAACAAUCAACACGUAACAAAAAUACAUGCAACUAAGACAAUUAUCUUACGAUUAGUAUAGAAGUAUUCACCUAACAAAAAUUUAUGACAAUGAUAUGGGUUAAUGAAUAGUUGUGUUUGUGUAAAUUGACUUAGUCUCUAGCAAUUAUCAGAGGCUGGAAAUGACAUUCCUUUCAAGUUUUCAUCCAUCAUAAUGUAUGAAAUUUAUCUAAAUUAGGCGUCCAUAUGUUGUGGUCUACACUUUAUAUAUACAAAUAUACACUAUAUGAGCAAUAUUGAGCUUUAUAUUUUAUAUGAGUCUAAAAGGGAUGAACGUUAACUCUUGAGUUGUUAUGCAAAGUAUUUAGUAUGUGUAUAUAAUAUAUGCUACAUAUAUGACUAAUUAAUUAACUGGUUAAUUUGGUUUGACUGGUUAGGAGUGUCUAAAACCAAACCAAACCAAACCACCUAAACCAAACAAGCUAAAAACUUUAACCAAACCAAACCAAAUUAUCCAAAUAGUACCGGUUAAAACGGUUACCACGGUAACCAAACCAUUUGAACACCCCUAACAAUAAGAAAGACCACUUCAUAUUUUUGGUAUGUUUGUUCUAUGCUCCAACCUUGAGAUAAUUGUCAUGUACUCUACCUUCACCUUUUAUAAAAAUUGCAUAUAACCACUAUUCACAAACCAUAAAUUGAUAAUUAAUAGUGGGAGAAAGUUCAAACCUUUUUAGAGGAUUUAACAUGUAUAUUCGUCAAACUUCGUCUUAUUUACAUGUGAUAAGUGAUUGACAUGAAAUUUGGGUUCAUCUGAAUGUCGAUCAAUAAGGUAAAAAUAGUGUAAGUGUUUUUUUUCCAAUACUAGUUUCAGCUUAUCGAUGUAGUUUCAAGUAAAUUCAAAUUACUCGAAUUCAUGCUUGUCAUUCUUUCAACUCAAUAUGAAUAUUGGUUUGAACGAUGUUUUAUAUUUGAUUGAGAAACUUUUACUAUUCUUGAGAGAUAGUCAAAACUCUAAAUAGACUAGCCCAAAAGUCUAAUACAAAGCAUUAUAUCUUAAUUUCAUUUUUAAUCCAAUAUAUGAUUAGACAUUUUUUAUUGUUUCAUAAGAUAUACUUUGACCUUGCAAAUGCUGAAGCCUAUCAACAAGUUGAAUUUUUAAAGGAGAAUAGUACUCAAAUUUCACUAAUGUGACGAACCUCUUAAAAGAUUUUGGAAUAAUUGGUUGUGGGUCUUUCUUCUUUUGAAAAAAAAAGAAAUGCAUUUCCCACUAACUAGACAGUCUGCGGGGAACAGUUCAGGAACAAAUCAGGAAUUAGGGUUCCAUUUUGAUUGAUUUUCCCGCCAGAUUAAUAGUAUUGAGAAUGAUGUCGUAUAGCAUUUUAGACAUAUCAUGUGGUGAUGUUGCUUUGUGCCUCUUUCCCCAUUUCUUUUUGUCAUGUUAAUUGCCCAUUUGUUUGCUUAAUUAUUUUCAGCUCUCAUUAGUGAAUUUGUGGGGGGGGGGGGGGGGGGGGGGGGGGGGGGGGGGGGGGGGUUAAAAUUUGUCUCUUCUUUUAAGUUUUAACAUCUAGCUAAUUUGAUUUGUGAAAAGUUUGAUGAUUUAUGGGCUAUCAUCUUAAGUCUAGUUAAUAGUUCUCUUCUUUUAACCUAUUGAAUAUAGGAUGGGUUACCAUUGUGGAAGGUAAAUGUGAAUUUUGUGAUAUCACACCAUACUGAUUCGGUUGUACUAGCAGUAUUAUAUAAUUCUUUUUACAAUUCGUUAUACUAUAAUUAUAUUAUUAUUAAUAUAAUUUUUGUUGCACAAUUUUGUUAUGUUAUGGAAUCCACAAUAUCUUGAAAUGUUAGUCUCAUUGAUUUUAAAUUUUGAUUACGUUUUAUAAUUCAUCGUUCAUGUAAUUCAGGGUGAAUGGUUUAGUAAAGAUGAAAAGAGCGAAAAUUUCAUUUUUUUUAGAUGAUUACCUACCUAAGACUCGAACAUUAAUGUGUGUCAAUUUUAUCCUCUCACUUUAAUACAAAACUUACAACGUAAAUGACAACAAAGAUCGAAAAAAAGACAUUUCUUAGAUAAUACGAAUCUUAAGGUUCUAUAACUCAAUUGGUAAAUUAUUCAUAAUAUCUCAAGCCCUAGAUAGGCAAUAGGUGAUUAAACUAAGUGAAAAGAACAAAAACCAAACAUAAUUUCUUCCCCAAGUAGAAGAUAGAAUUUGAGGGCAUGUGCAAAUCAAUGAUUGUGGUCAAGCCCAUGCCCAAAAGUUAUGCCAUGCUCUUGCAUUUCUUCAUUUUUUUUUCUUCCACCAACAUGCCUUUACCUCUUCUACUGUUUUUCUCAUAUUGAUUUAGAACAUUCAAUUUUUAUAAUUUUGCCCCAAAGAAGAUAUGCUCUUGUUGAUCUUUGCCCCAAAUCUUCUCCCUUGACUGCCCUAGAAGAACUAGAAAACAACUCAAUAUAUAUAUAUUGCAUGCAACAUUUCAAUAAUUAUUAGUAAUGUUAAUUAUGGAUCUAGGGUAGGAAAAAAAAAAGAGAAAUUGUAUUGAUCAUAAUAAGACAUGUUCAAUUAUUUCUCAUACAUUCUGCAUUUGUCUGGAAACAUUGCACCUGCACUUCCCUUGUACUGGAUUCAAUCAAACUGCAGCAUUCUGCUCUCAAGUGAGACAUUUGAACCUUGCCUGUUGGAUCACAGGAUGCAUUUUACUAAGGCUAUGCUCAGAAAUCGUCACGAUUCCCAUGUGUCGCGUUACAAAUUUACAAUGAUUCGAACACAGAAAAAUAAUGUAGAAAAGAUGAAAGCUUCAAGGGUCUCUUACAGACUUCUAAUUACUCAGGCUGCAAAGUGACCAAAAAAAAGCUAGGCUGCCAGCACAGUUUUGGUUAAUCUGAUCUUUCACUGAUUCCAUGGCAAAGCUGGGGGUGGUUCCUCUUCCUCAUGGGAGAUAGAGAUUUCUUAAAGCAGCCAUGGAAAGGAUUCUGAAUUCUCUGCAAAUGUGGGAAGAAAAGGCAAAGUUGCUGUCUUUCCAGCCAUGAUCUGGAUCUAAUUACAGGCUGCAAAGAGGGAAAGCAAAGCAAAAGAGGAUUGAUUCCCCAAUUGCAGGCAAAAGUACUAACCUUUUUCAAAACCAAAUUCUAACAGGAUGGAAAGGAAGAAUACCACAGUGCAGAGAGAUAGAUACCUCUACACCAUGGAGUAGGGCUUCUUCCGAAAUGAAUCCUGGUAACUGUAAACGAAACACAGUUCGGAUUAUGUGAUAAACUCGAAUGCAUAAGAUUUGGCAGACACCAGAAAGUGAAAAAGAACGGUGAAUACAACCCAUGGAGAUUGGCUUCCUUGACUCCUAACCGAUAGCUUGAUGAUGGUAGCUACUUCAAAAUGGUCAGCUGAAAUUUUGUCUAAAAUUUAAACUGUAGGGAGUAAAAUGUCACUAUGAAACAAAUGUGGUGCUUAAACUUUAAAAUUCCCGCCUACUAACAGAUUUUUCCGGGAAACCCCUUUUCUCCCUCGAGCCGCCAGUAAGCAGUUAGUAAGAUCGAGAGAUGGCGGCGGCCGGAGCCGUGACGACGGCGGCGGCCAGUUAUGUUCCUCGAACCCGCGAUUCUCUCCUCCAUCUCCUCUCCAAAGCCGCCACUCUCUCUCACCUCACCGAGCUCCACGCGCAGCUCCUUCACAAUGGUUUCCAGAGCGACAUUGCUACAACGACAAAGCUCACUCACCGUCUCUUCGAUUUCAGCGCCGUCCACCACGCUCGCUCGCUCUUCUUCAGCUUCCCGGAACCUGACAGGUUUCUAUGCAACGUUCUCGUCAAGGGAUUGGCGAGCAACGAGUCUCCGAGAUCCGCGAUUGCGGCGUUCAAACGUUUGAGGGAGAGAAAAAGUAUCGAUCUUGGACCUGAUAACUUCACUUACGCCUUCGUCAUUCCGGCGGCGGCGAGUGUUGGGGAUGUGAAGGUUGGUUUUUCGUUGCACGGGCAGGUGAUAGUUGGCGGGUUUUGUUCGGAUUUGUUUAUUGGGUCUGCGCUUAUAGAUUUGUAUUUCAAGCUCGGGCGGGAUGAUAUGGCAAGGAAGGUGUUCGAUGAAAUGCCUGAGAGAGAUGCAGUUCUGUGUAACACGAUGGUGUCAGGCUUGGGGAGAAGCUCUCAUUUCGAAGAUUCCAUAGGGAUUUUCAGGCGGAUGGUUUCUGGCGAUGGACCUAAGGUUGACUGCACCACUGUGAUAUCAGUUCUGCCUGCUGUUGCAGAGUUGCAGGAUAUGAGAUUGGGAUUAGAACUUCAUUGUUUGGCAAUAAAGAUUGGCUUCUAUUCUCAUGUGUCUGUACUCACCGGCUUGAUUUCUUUGUAUUCGAAAUGCGGGGAUAUAGGAUCAGCAAACCUGCUAUUCGGACAGAUUGGUAGGAGAGAUUUGAUAUCUUGCAAUGCCAUGAUUGCAGGGUUUACUUGCAACGAUGAAACUGAGUCUGCACUGAAAUUGUUCAGAGAAUUGCUCCAGUCAGGGGAAAAAGUUAAUCCAAGCACUAUUGUGGGAUUGAUCCCAGUCCAUUCUCCAUUUGGUCACUUGCUUCUUACUAAUUGCAUUCAUGAUUUCAGCAUCAAAUCAGGCAUGGUCUCCCACCCAUCUGUUUCAACUGCAUUGACCACAAUCUACAGCAGAUUAAACGAGAUGGACUCUGCUCGAAGAACUUUUGACGAAUCAUCAGAGAAAACUUUAGCUUCUUGGAAUGCGAUGAUUUCAGGUUACGCUCAGAAUGGUUUGACAGAAGCAGCAGUUUCUCUCUUCCAAGAGAUGCAAAUGUCUAAUGUCAGUCCUAAUCCUGUCACCAUCACAAGUAUUCUCUCGGCUUGUGCCCAGCUUGGAGCAUUGAGUCUUGGCCAGUGGGUUCAUGGUUUGAUUAAGAGCAACAAAUUUGACUCAAACAUCUAUGUCUCAACUGCUCUAAUCGACAUGUAUGCAAAGUGUGGCAGCAUUGUGGAGGCUCGGAGGUUAUUCGACUCGAUACCGAAUAAAAACGAUGUGACUUGGAAUGCGAUGAUUUCUGGGUAUGGCCUCCAUGGACAUGGGCAGGAAGCACUGAAGCUUUUCCAUGAGAUGGUGAGCUCUGGCACUCCCUUAACCCGGAUAACUUUCCUCUCCAUACUACACGCUUGCAGUCAUUCCGGUUUGGUAAAAGAAGGAGAACAGAUUUUCAAGUCAAUGAAACGUGACCAUGGAUUUGAACCGAUAUCAGAGCAUAAUGCUUGCAUGGUUGACAUUCUCGGGCGAGCUGGAAAGUUGAAGGAAGCAUUGGACUUCAUAGAGGGGAUCCCAGGGGACCCUGGAACUCCAAUAUGGUCAACAUUACUCGGCGCUUGCAUGGUCCAUAAAGAUACUAAUGUAGCCCGUAUGGCUUCUGAGAAGCUCUUCGAAUCGGAUCCGGGAAAUAUGGGAUACUACGUUCUGAUGUCAAAUAUAUACUCAUCUGAUAAGAACUACCCAGGAGCUGCAUUUGUUAGGCAAGUAGCUAAGAAGAGAAACCUCUCAAAGACUCCAGGAUGUACUCUGAUUGAGAUUCAUCAGAAACCUCAUGUAUUCAAGGCGGGCGACUGGUCUCAUCCACUAUCGAGAGCUAUAUAUGCAGAGCUCGAGAGAUUGAAUGGAAAGAUGAAGGAAGCAGGGUAUCAGGCAGAGACUAUGACUUCAUUGCAUGAUGUGGAGGAGGAAGAGAAGGAGUUGAUGGUGCAUGUUCACAGUGAGAAGCUAGCAAUUGCUUUUGGUCUAUUAUCUACUGAGCCAGGAACUGAGAUAAGGAUCUUCAAGAACCUCCGCAUUUGUCUGGACUGCCAUACUGCGUCAAAGUAUAUAUCUAGGGUUACUCAGAGAGUUAUCGUCGCAAGGGAUGCCAAUCGAUUUCAUCGUUUUGAGGAUGGUGUGUGCUCUUGUGGAGAUUACUGGUGAAAGUUUGUUCAGCAUGGCCAAGAAGCCUGAACGGUGGUAUUUUUUGGAUUUUCCUGCCCUGCCCUGCACUUGACUUGAAUAUUAUUAAAGCUAGUGGUUGUCG